AUGUCCGCUCCCGUGAUCCCGCCCGGCGGCACCAUUGUGCAGACCUUCAAAAGGUCCUUUGUCGACGUGCCCAUUGACGAGGCCAACGGACGCGCUGUCGGCACAAGCGAAUUCCUCGAAGCGGCCGAGUCGCUGACCACUAUAUUCGAUGCCCUCGGCUCCGUCGCUUUUUCGCCCGUCAAAAACGACAUGCUCGGCAACAUCAAGAAAAUCCGCGACCGCCAGCUCGCCUCCCCCGUUGAGGGUGCCAACAUUCAAGAUCUCUGCCGCAAUGAGCUCAAGACCAAGAAACACACUGCCACCGAGGGACUCCUCUGGCUCGUCCGUGGCCUCGAAUUCACCUGCCUCGCCCUGACGGCCAACACGGCCAAACCCGACGAGGAGCUCGCCGACUCGUUCCGCGCCGCCUACGCCAGCACCCUCAAGCCGCACCACAGCUUCCUCGUGAAGCCCAUCUUCAGCGCUGCCAUGGGCGCCUGCCCCUACCGCAAGGACUUUUACGCCAAGCUCGGCGACGACGGCGCCAAGGUGACGGCCGACCUCCAGGUCUACCUCACCGCGCUCGCCAAGAUUGUCGGCAUCCUCAAGCAGUUUCUCGACAGCAAAGAGGCAAAGUGGUAA